GUCUAGCUCCGGUCCACCCUCAUGCCUGAGUCGGGUCGCUUCUUUCUCCCACUUCGCUUCUCGCCCUCGGUGGCUGCAGAGCUGGGUAUCGGGGCAGCUAGCACCAGUGAUAGCAAGAGACGGCGACAUGAGAGAUUGGGCUACAUGCUACAUCACUGAACUAACUGGUAGGAAAAAUAAUCUAGAGCAAGACUGAAGGACAUUUCAAGAUGGCCAAAGAAGAGCCCCCAAGUGUCUCCAGAGACUUACAGGAGCUGCAGAGGAAGCUAUGUUUGCUGCUGGAGUCCUUCCAGAAUAAUUCAAAGGUGGUUGCCUUCAUGAAGUCCCCAGUGGGUCGGUACCUGGACAAGCAUCCUUUCCUGGCUCUCUCCGUGCUAAUGUUUGUUAGCAUGUCAGCCAUCCCUGUGGGCUUCUUUCUGCUCAUCGUGGUGCUCACCUCCCUGGGUGCUCUUGUGGGGGCCAUAUUACUGGAAGGACUGAUCAUCUCUGUGUGUGGCCUCUCACUGCUCUGCAUCCUCUGUGGCUUGGGUUUCGUAUCGCUUGCCCUGUCAGGAAUAGCCAUGAUGUCCUAUGUGGUCGUGUCCUGCCUCAUGAGCUACUGGUUUUCUCCCAGGCUGCUGACACAGCAAAAUGCCAACACUGACUGUCAGCUGGCUAUGAAGUCCACAGACUUCGAGGGCCUCUACCAGGAAUGACAGGCCGAACAGAAGCAGAGGUUGCAUUCCAAGCAUGCCGGGAAAGCGCUUCCUUUCACCGCCCUGCAUCAUAGCUCAGGGAGAGAGCUGGAGGCUUGCUCUGCUUCCCCUCUCACUGUGUCUAAAGUUCUGUGGUGGCCAGCCGCCUCCCCACCCCUCCCCACUCCCCAGGAUGCGGUCUUGACCUUCGCAGAGUCCUAGGCUUCUUGAACCAGGAAGCUUGACCACUAGGGACUGUGGGUUGAGUCCCAGGCCCCAACUGGGAGUAAGGUAGAUUUAUUUGUGAAGUUUAGUUUCAUUUUAUUGGGGGGUGGGGGUGGGGUUGAAAAAGGUUUUUUCCCCCCCAGUUGUUUGAAAUAAGAGGUAAAAAGAAAGAACCCAAAGAGAGCCAGCUCUUCUGCCUUUAUCACCUUUUUCUCAGAAAGAGCAGCAGCCUCUGAGAAUCGUGGCCUUUUUAAACUUGAACAGCAAUCUUAACCUUGCAGCCAGGAGUCCUUUAGAAAAAGUCUCAAGGCUUAGUUGUUGAGUGCCUUGAUCUUUGACAUAUUUGCACUUGGUAUGUUUAUAUUGUUUUUUAAAAGAGCUUGCAGUAUCAAGCAAUU